AUGCCCAACUAUGUGAAGUUUUUGAAGGAUAUUUUAACUAUGAAGAGGAGGCUUGGUGAAUUUGAAACGGUGGCCUUGACUGAAGGUUGUAGUGCUAUAUUGAAGAAUAAAGUUCCUCCUAAAUUGAAGGAUCUGGGCAGCUUCACAAUUCCUUAUUCUAUUGGUGGUAGAGACGUUGGGAGAGCACUUUGUGACUUGGGGGCUAGUAUCAAUUUGAUGCCCAUGUCAAUUUUCAAGAAGUUGGGGAUUGGAGAAGCAAGACCAACUACAGUCACUUUGCAAUUAGCGGUUCACUCUAUGGCACACCCGGAAGGAAAAAUUGAAGAUGUACUUGUGCAAGUUGAUAAAUUCACUUUUCUGGCUGAUUUCAUCAUCAUUGAUUAUGAAGUGGAUAGAUAUGUUCCUAUUAUCUUGGUGACUUUCAAUGUGUUCAACACUAUGAGGUUUCCGGAUGAGGUUGAGGAAUGCUCUAGGCUGAGUGUAAUUGAGUCUAUUGUCGCUGAAAAAUUCCACAAGGAAGCUUUUAAAGAUGGAGUGGGGGUGAGGUCACUUGAAAAUCUUGAAGACUUAAGUGAAGAGGAAGAAAGCCAAGUUACAUGGGUGGAUUCAAAGCAGCCCUUUGCCAAAUUUAGGAGGCCUUUCGAGUCAUUGAACUUGUCAGAAGGGAAUUUUAAGCCUCCUAAGCCUUUUAUUCAAGAGCCACCAAAAUUAGAGUUGAAACCUUUGCCUAGUCACUUGAAGUAUGCUUAUUUUAGAGAUAAUGAGACUUUGCUUAUGAUUAUUUCAGCCAUGUUAGGAGCUGAAAAAGAGCAAUUGUUGCUGGCUGUUUUGAAGAAAUAUACAAGGGCCAUUGGUUGGACCAUAGCAGAUAUCAAGGGUAUAAUUAUGUUGAGCAACAGUGAAGGCUUAAUCCUAUAA